CUACCAACCUCAUUCUUCAACAUAGAAAGAAAGAAUCUCUGAUUUCAUGCUCUUGAAAAAGAAGAAGAAGGAGGAGAGAGAGAGAGAGAGAUUCGACAAGGAAUUUUAUCUUAUUUCAUUAUAUCAUGGCUUUCUCAUUUCUCAAGAAAAUCAUUCUCCUCUUCAUCCUCAUCUCAGCAUCAAUAAUUCCAGCCUCAUUUGCAGGUGGGCAUAGGAGGUACAUGCAUAAAAAUGCAAUUGAAGCUGGUCCAUUGAGUGAGGAAGCAGCACAGAAGGACGUGGACACUGAAAAAGAAGGUAGAGCCAUAAACAAGAGAAUCCUCAAAGUCCAUACAAAAGACUAUGAAACAUAUGAUCCAGCCCCAGCUCUUGACAAGCCUCCCUUCAAGCUCAUACCCAACUAAUCCUGCUCUGCUUUAUUAUAUAUAUACUUACCAUGUGAAGAUAUCUG